UCAUCACUUUUUUCUUAAAGUAACAAGUUCAGCUGAUUAACCGUUUACAUACCAGGGAUGCAACAAUAGCUAUUAAAACCGCUUAAAAUGUGUGGACGCACUUGCCUAACACUCGAUCCCGACCAAGUGCUGUGUGCGUGCAAAUAUCCAAAUGAGAAGCUCCAAGAUGACGCCAAGCAGCAGAAAUUCGCAACUCCAGAAUGGCGCGCAGAGUUCAAUUUGGGCCGCCGAUAUCAAGCCUCUUAUAACAUUGCGCCCACCGACAUAACACCGGUGAUCGUGUCAGCUGCGCACUUCGCAGAAGCCGCAGACGAUCAAAAGGGAACAGAUCGCAUUGUUAUGCCCAUGAUGUGGGGCAUGAUUCCUCCGUGGCACAAAGGAGACUAUCGCAAGCAUGGACUAACCACGAACAAUUGUCGGUUGGAGCAUUUAAUGGACUCCAAACUGUAUCGCGGACCCUUUAAACGUGGCCAACGUUGUGUCGUUGUUUGCGAGGGUUUCUACGAGUGGCAGACUACAAAGCAGGCAAAACCAUCCGAUCGUGAGGCUUACUUGCUCUAUGUGCCACAGGAGGCAGAUGUAAAAAUUCACGACAAAAGCACUUGGUCGCCAUCAAAUGUAAAACUUCUGCGAAUGGCAGCCUUGUUUGAUGUAUGGCAGGACGAGAAUGGCGACAAAAUGUAUAGCUAUAGCAUCAUCACCUUUGAAUCCACGAAAAUAAUGUCCUGGAUGCAUUAUCGUAUGCCGGCUAUACUCGAAACAGAACAGCAAAUGAAUGAUUGGCUGCACUUUAAGCAUGUAAGCGAUUCGAAAGCUUUGGCAGCACUUCGACCGGCGACUGGCUUACAGUGGCAUCGUGUUGGCAAAUUAGUGAAUAAUUCGCGCAAUAAAAGCGAUGAGUGCAACAAGCCUUUUGAGGCAGCUUCCAAGCCUGAAAAACCCAAAGGGAUGUUGGCUUGGUUAACAGGCAAUAAGCAGAAGCUACAUCAAAACAAAACGACAAACGAUGAAGUAGUUAUUAAAGAAGAGACCGCUAAACGCAGUGUCGAUGAGAUUUCUCCAACUGCAGCUGAAAGCGCCGCCAAGCGGACGCGUUGCGCACCAAUCCAAAUAGCGCCUCCAGCGCUUAAAAGCGAACCCGAGAUUAAGUUGGAGUCCACCGAAAGUUAAUUUUUCUAAUUAAAACAGUUGCUUUAUAGAAUUUAAAGUUUAUUUUGCAUUUAAAACCAAAAGUAUUGUUUCUCAUUACCCAAAAUUCUAUGAUAUUAUAGCAUGUAUGUAUAUAUAGCGUUGAACUUGCUUAAUUACAAAGGCUUAGCAUAUAAAAAAUUGAUUUAAAUUGUUUUUUUUUUUCAGUUAGUGUAAAAAGAUUUGUUUCUUUGCUAUUCGCUUAAUUUACUAAACUCGAUGUUACAACUAGCAAUGUUCUCGAUGUGUGUGUAUGUGUAUGAUUGUGUGUUUAUAAUACGUUUGUAGCUGUCAACGUUAUUUGAGCCGCGACAGUAAAUUGUAAGCAGCCCGUUAAAAUUAAGCUUUUAGUUGUUGGU